GAAAUGUCAAUAAUGGUCUAAGAGUAAGUCAUAAUAAACUAGUGAGUGGUGAUUAAAAUUGUGAUCUAAUUGUUAAUAUUUCGGCAGCCGUUGUAAUGUCUUUAAUAUGAAUGUAUGUAUGUAUGUAUGUGGACUUAGCUUAAUGAAGUAAUAUGAAAUAACAAUAAGAAACCAAAAUGGAACCAGAUUCAACCACAUAUGAUACUGAAAAUUCUAAAAAUGAAACCUUUCCUUUCAGUACAGGGCCCUGUAACAUAUCUUUAUAUAAAGAUUUAGUAAAGGAUUCUGGACAAGGCCUAGUGGAAAUGCAAAUUGUUGAAAGGCUCCAGGCAUUUGGUUUGCUUCCAAUGGCGAUGGAAUGUGUGCAAAGUGAACCUACUUGUGAACUUGUUUGUAAGACAGCAAGAGUUGUUGAUAGGGUCCAAUGGAUUUGCAAAACAUGUAAGAAGCGUCAACCUAUCCGAUCAGGCUCAUUUUUUCUCAAACUUCAGUGCUCCAUUGUUCAAGCACUGCAAAUGAUAUUAGCGUGGUGUGAAGAUGCAGAUAUUAAUGUUGCAGCUGAAUAUUUUGAUGUAAAACCACGUGUUGCUUCACUAAUUUAUGACAAGUUAGAUGAAAUGGCAGCAGCUGAAAUAGCAGUUAGUAAAUUGGGUGGCCUAGACAGUGUUGUACUGACAGAGAUGUACCCGGAAUGCCUUAACCGACUCUCACCUGAUACAACAGAUCAACCACACAUCCAUCCCAUACUUAUGAUUGCUGAUACAAAGCAUGUACCAACUCAGUACAGACUACAUAUUAUGAAAGAGCAUUUGAAGAAAAAACCAAAUGUGGAUGGAGAGUCUUUACAGUAUAUGAAAUCGGAAGUAGAUCAAGUAUUGGAGAAUAUAACAGAGCCUGGGUCGUUCCUUGUGAGUGGGUCUACUUUGCCACCAAUAGAGGGCGCGCACGCACUAUCGCAACUCACGCAAAAUUGUGAUAUGGAUAUGCAGAGAUUUUUAACAAAUCGCGUAUGGAGCCAGGCAUUAUUAUUGUGCAACGCAUCCCGCGAUAUUUGUAAGGGUCUGCCUUCGUUGUUUUGCGCAGCGCAAGUACAAAGAUAUUUAGACGUUUCUCUGUAUCGUUUGCGAUUUGGUGACGGCUUUUUCGAGCAUAUGCUGAAUAUUAUCGCGGAAAAAUUUACUGAAAAAUACGAUAUAUGUACUGAGGAGUGACAGAUAUUUCAACUAAAUAUGCCGUUAAUCAUGACGAUAUUGACGAUAGCUAAUUAAUUGAUAAGAAACAAAUAGAAAUAUAUAUUGCGAAAGUUUAGUACCAGGAGUGCUCAAUAAAAAGUGAUUAGUUAUCUUUUCAUCAUCAUCAUCCCGUGUUUUUGGUCCUUUUCUGGAUGUAGGCCUCUUCACUCUUCCUCCAGUACUGCACUGGUCCCUUUGCAUUUUCGGAGCCAACUAACAAAAAUUUGUAAACCGAAAUUUCAUUAAAUUUUAUUUUAUUUUUAAUCCUCGUGAAACCAAAUUUUAAAGACUUCCCCUCACCAUUGCUUGCGUAGUUUCUCUCGCAUUCUGUCGAACAGUGGUUCCAUGAUUCAGGUAUUCUAUCAUUGGCUGUCAAAAAAACCAGCCCUCGAUUUUGCAGAGGAUGGAAUCGCCUUAAACUUGGCACCCUCCGCACUGACAUACUCUGAUACUCAAAUUGGGUUGGCUAUAAUAUGUCGACAGUUCCAAUAGAAAUCUUUACUUCUUCUGCUAUAAAACAAACAACGACGAUCCGCCAAGAAAUUGUUUUCUGUUUUUGUAUUCAUUUGUUCGGUCACUACCGAUGAAAGCGGUCCCGUUCGGAUCGUCAUUAAUAUAAGUUCUUUCUUGCUUGAACUCAGUGCACCAACACAGACGUAUCGAGAAGCUUGAAUGUUGCUCUAAAGUCUUGAUUUACGAGCUCCUUAGUAGUGGUUAAGCGGAGGUAUUUUAUUACCGCGGGAAUUUAAAUUUUAUCUCGUUCCGCGGCGUAAAUGACUUUUUUUUUUAAAGAUGUGUUCUGUGCUAUGCCUGCCAGUAUUUAUUUUUUCUUCCCAAGGAGAAUCUAUAUCAUUAUCACAAUUUAUUGAACAUCCCUCGUCUAAACGUUCUUGGGUAUAAUUUUUAUCUUAAAAAAUAAUUGCCGGAACCAAAUUAUUUACUGACUUCAAUAAACAAACCUAUAACAACAGACAUGUAUAAUUUAAAUUUGCUUGAAAUUUCUGAUAAGAAAACAGUUUAAAUCAUAAAUCAUUUCUAGUUUUUAAUUAGCGUUUAAUAGUAGCGAUAAAAACAUAUUUUUAUACUCCUUUUAUAGUUAAUGUUAAACAAAAAUAUUAUGACAGAAUUUAUAAUUUUGAACUGUCUUCCAUAUACCUUCCAUUUAAUGAAAAACAGUGCCUUAAAUAUUAUGUAUAUUGUAUAGAUUAAGGAUAGCCGGUGAAAUAGUUAAAAUAUAAAUUGUAAUAAAAUGUGAAUAAUAAUUUUAAGAUGUUUCUUGGAGUAUGGAUAAAUUUAUUGCAUUACCACGAUUAUAAACAAAUAAAAUAAAUCAAUAAAUACUAUAUUCAUGACAGAAAUAUGUUGUGACAAAAUUCAUCUAUCCGUAUCUAUCCAAGUCUGUUAAAUAUGAUAUAUAGGUUCUAUGAUGAUAUGAUGAGCCGCGGAUUCUUAUGAAUAUAUAUGUAUUUGUAAGUUAUAAUUUAAGUUGUCUUCCACAUAUGUGCCUUGGAAAAGCUCGAUAUUAUAUAGAUAUUAUUUU